AUGGAUGCUCAUGGAGGACACUACCUCAACAAAGACGCGGUGCUGUCACCUUUGGGUGCAGCCCGAAUUUGCCAGCUGGUGCUCGGCUGCACCAUAAUGGCCUUGGUGUCCCACGGAGCAGGCUACAGUGCAAACUACGGAACCUUCUGCAUGUUCGUGUGGUGCUUCUGCUUCGCGGUCACGCUGGUGGUGUUCACGAUGGACAUCACGCGGCUCCACACCUGCAUGCCAAUUUCCUGGGAUAACUUCACGGUGGCUUUUGCCAUGCUGGCGACACUCAUGUACAUCACCGCCUCUGUGGUCUACCCUGUUUACUUCCUCCAAACAGAUGACCCCAAUGAAGACGUCGAUGUCCAAAUCUUCCGUAUUGUUGUCACCAUCUGUUCCAGCAUUUGCAUCUUCCCGUACGGAGUGGAGGUAUUCCUAACAAGAGCAAAACCAGGGGCUGUGGUGGGCUACAUGGCCACUGUGUCAGGUCUGCUCAAGGUGGUCCAGAGUUUUGUGGCCUGCAUUAUUUUUGGGGCCCUAGCUAAUGACAGUGAGUACAACCUGUACAUUGCCACGCAGUACUGCGUUGUGGUGUACAGCCUGUGUUUUGCCAUCACUGUCAUUGUUGUCAUACUGACCGUAUCUGGUAGAACCGCCAUGCUGAAGUUCCCGUUUGACCGCUUUGUAGUGGUCUACACCUUCUUUGCUGUGAUCCUUUACCUGAGCACAGCACUCGUCUGGCCCAUCUUCAGCUUCGAUAAGAAAUAUGGCAACACCACUCGUCCGGAGGACUGCCCGCGUGGACAGUGUCCCUGGGACAGUAAGCUGGUUGUGGCCGUCUUCACCAAUGUCAACCUGGUGUUGUAUUUUAUUGAUGUUGUUUACUCCCAAAGGAUUCGCUUUGUUUCCAGUUCUGCUGCGUAA